AUGAGCUGGAACUACAGUAUCCCACACCUGUUCAACCCAUUCUUGGCCCGACUACUGCCAUUGCCGAAUUUUGCAGAGCUCCUCCUCGAACUCCCAAAACCUGGUACCGAUUUUUCCAUUGAUAAGUUGUUGGGCCUCAGUGAAAAGAGUGGCAAUCCAGAAAAAGCGAAGAAAACCUCCGUCCCUUACAUCAGAAACGGAAAAUCAAAGAAGAAAAAGGCUAGGACCACUUUUACGGGUCGUCAAAUCUACGAGCUCGAACGUCAGUUUGAGGUCAAGAAGUAUCUAUCAUCUACAGAACGACAGGAGCUGGCGAGGGCACUGUGCUUGACGGAAACACAGGUCAAAAUCUGGUUCCAAAACCGGCGAACGAAAUGGAAGAAAUUUGAUUCCGAGGUGGGAGGCAAGGAGAUUACGGUAGUCGUCGACGCCGAA